AUGGCUUCCACGUUGAUUGCCUUGUUGCUGCUCGCAAUCUUUUCGUGCAUAUCGGCACAAGAUAUUGCCUGUCCUCCGGGCUCAUUUCUCCAGACAGAUGUAACAACAUUCACAGUCCCUUCUUCUCCAAAAUCACUGGAGUCGACCUUGGGAGAUUUUUAUUCGAAUAGCU